AGUCUUCCACUGCCCCCUGGUGGACGAAGCGCGCAUUACCCUUUUCUUUAUUUCCUGUGGGUGAAGAUGGCGCCCGGAGACCUUCAGCGCUGUUUAUCACGCCUUUAUUCGGCGAAAUACAGCAUCAGGACGAACGGACAGCUCAAUGUGAUCAGAGGACUGUCAGUGUCCGGUCACAGAAAUCGAGAGGAGAGCUGGUUUAAAUCUCUGUUUGUGCGUAAAGUGGACCCAAGAAAAGACGCCCACUCUCACCUGCUGGCAAAGAAGGAAGAAAGCAACCUUUAUAAAAUCCAAUUUCACAAUGUGAAGCCUGAAUGUCUGGAUGCUUAUAACAAACUUUGUGAGGACGUGUUGCCUUCGAUCCAUGCGGAUAAAUACUACCCGUGUGAGCUGGUGGGAACGUGGAACACCUGGUACGGAGAACAAGACCAGGCUGUCCAUCUGUGGAGGUAUAGAGGAGGCUAUCCAGCCCUGACUGAGGUCAUGAAUAAGCUGAAAAAUAAUAAGGAAUUUUUGGAGUACAGAAAGGAACGAGGGAAGAUGCUGCUCUCUCGUCGCAAUCAGCUGUUGCUGGAGUUUAGUUUCUGGAAUGAACCGGUUCCACGUGAUGGACCAAAUAUCUACGAACUUCGAUCGUACCAAUUAAGACCAGGAACCAUGAUCGAAUGGGGGAAUUACUGGGCUCGAGCCAUUCGCUAUCGGCAGCAUAACCGCGAGGCCGUCGGUGGGUUUUUCUCUCAGAUAGGAAGUCUUUACCUGGUCCAUCAUCUAUGGGCGUAUAAAGACCUGCAGUCCAGAGAGGACACUCGCAAUGCGGUAUGGCAGCAUGAGGGCUGGAAUGAAGUGGUCUAUUACACAGUUCCCCUGAUUCAGCACAUGGAGUCCAGGGUGAUGAUUCCGAUGAAGGCGUCACCCCUGAAGUGACACGUUCGCUCGUCGACGCCGAAUACGGCUCACGACCGCGUGUUUUUAAUCCGUCUCACCGUCCUUUCUGGUCAUUAAAUAAAGUACUCUAAAUCUGCACCAGCAAGAAAGUUGAAAAUUAUGAACGGAUCGAAAGAAACACGUCCAGAUACGAACGUCGAGGAGAACGAGGAGUUGAUUUAUGAUGUCUGAAAAGUACAUCGUACCAACCUUAACAUCCUGAUAAGCCAUGUGUCUUUACACACAUUACAUAUUAGCAUCGUGGCCCAACUCGGUGGAAUAUAUACAUGCAUUUAUAAAGUAUUCAAGGUUCUUUAAAUGUUCUAUUAUUCACAGUGGUUCACAGCUCUGUACAAAAGUCUGCUCGUUUUUCCUUUACUGUGAAAUGUUAAGUGAAAAAAAUGAUUCAGAUCUACACAGUACUGUAAAAGCACUUAAAAUGUGUGAGAUGGUAAAAAAUAAUAUAGAAACUAUAUAAACUUUAUAUUCAGGGAUCAGUCUGAAGAUGUAUAAACACUCCAUCUCUGUAUCUGUAUCUGAGCUACUUCCUGUUUUGUGGGGUUUGGAGAACAUCCUUGUACUGUAUGGCAUGUAGAAUAUAAACCUGCAUGUGAAGCUUUAA